AUGUGUUGAGACCAACCUUAUAUGGGCUGAUCGGACCGGUAAUGGCUUAUGUCCCCCUAGCACCCAGCAGUAGCACAGUAUACAUGAGCCAGAUAUAGCACUUCAGCCACUUUGGCAUUCUUCCUGGACUUUACAGAACUGAUUGCUCUUCUACUUGGUUAGGUAAUGCGUAUCGACAGAGGCUCAUGAUUUGCUUUGACUGUAGUACAACCUAGAACGGAACUGAGAGAUCCUUUUUUUUUCCUGAACAGCGAUUGUGUUUUGUCUUUUAAAACAGCGGAUUGACAAACUGGUGCAGCAACUUUCCUGCAUACAUUUCCACAGAAUAUGUCGUUGACCAACACAAAGACGGGCUUUUCUGUAAAGGACAUUUUGGACCUCCCUGACACGAAUGAUGAAGAAGGAUCUAUCACUGGACCGGAGGAAGAUAACGAGGGAUCAGAGACAACAAAAAACACUGGAGUUUUGGUGCAAAGUCCUCUAGAAAACGUUCAGAAUCUGCCUAUAAAGAACCCCUUUUAUGAUAGUAGUGACAAUCCUUACACAAGAUGGCUUGCCACCACGGACAGUAUCCAAUAUUCGCUGCAUGGUCUAUCAGCUAGUUCUCAAGACUCAGCCAAGUCCCCAGAACCCUCCGCGGACGAAUCGCCAGACAAUGACAAGGAAACUUCAAGCAACGGCAGCGACUCCGGUAAGAAGAGAAAAAGAAGAGUGCUGUUUUCCAAAGCACAGACGUACGAACUUGAGCGUCGAUUUAGGCAACAGAGAUACCUUUCCGCGCCAGAGAGAGAACACCUCGCGAGUUUGAUUCGCCUGACUCCAACUCAAGUGAAAAUUUGGUUCCAGAAUCAUCGAUACAAAAUGAAGAGAGCGCGCGCUGAAAAAGGACUUGAAAUGUCUUGUAUAACAAGCACAUUCUUUUCAAGUAAGAUGGCCAUUGGAGACUACGCCAACAAUCAUGUUCCAAGAGUUGAUUGUUUAUGCCUCUCGCUAAAUGGAUUGUCUCACCUUCUUCACAAGAUGAACCUGAGGUGCUUCAGAUGCCAACAGUGUGAAGCGAUGCUUGGAUUUUCAGUUUGAUAAUGACUGCCCACCAUCUGUCUCAGACAGACAGACUGACACAAUUCAAUCAGAGGACAAUUUAACCUGCACCAUGAUAACAAGACACAACUUUGGAUGGAAGCUCUGUGCAUAAUAUAACAACUCAAGUCUCUUUAAUGUUGUGAAAUGUCAUAGAUGUAAGUCAAUUAUCAUCAACCUCUAUAUGUGGGUCCCUGAAAUAGUCCCAUUUGUGUUGAUUGUAUUAUGUCAAUGACCAAUGUUAUUUAUCUGUGUUUGACCGUAGUGAAAUAAAGUUACAUCUGUCUCAUUUUAUGAAAA